AUGCGAGGAUGGGUCGGAGCGCUACGGGCGGCCGUGGCCGGGCCCGGGCCGGGCAGGUUUCGGGAGCGUUUCGAUUUCGGCGGCCGCGAGGUGGCCUCCUGGUUCCCGGGACACAUGGCGAAAGGCCUGCGGCAGAUGCGGGCUUCCCUGCGGCGCGCCGACUGCCUCGUCGAGGUGCACGACGCUCGUAUCCCGCUGUCGGGCCGUAACCCCAUGCUGCAGGAGGCGCUGGGCAUCCGCCCACACAUCCUGGUGCUGAACAAGAUGGACCUGGCUGAUCCCCGCCGGCAGCCGGCAGUCUUGGAGCGCUUGAAGCAGCAGGGGUGCUCACACGUCGUGUUCACUGACUGCCAGCGUGAUGGCAACGUCAAGAAGAUUGUUCCCCUGGUUGCCAAGCUGGUGGAGGACAGCCCACGCUACCACAGGGCUGAGAGCACUGCGUACAGCAUCCUGGUGAUCGGUGUGCCCAACGUGGGGAAGUCCUCAUUCAUCAACUCACUGCGGAGGCUGCAUCUCAGGAAGGGGAAAGCCACUGCAGUGGGCGGCGAGCCGGGCGUCACCAAGGCUGUGCUGACCAGAAUCCAGGUCUGCGAGAAGCCCCUGAUGUACCUGGUGGACACACCCGGUGUGCUGCCUCCGAAGCUGGGGGACGUAGAGACGGGCAUGAAGCUGGCACUCUGUGGAGCCAUCCGUGACCACCUGGUGGGGGAGGACAUCAUGGCCGACUACCUGCUGUACACCCUGAACAAGCAGCAGCAGUUUGGGUACGUGCGGCGCUACGGGCUGGCCCAGGCCUGCGACGACGUGGAGCACGUGCUGAGGCAGGUGGCGCUCAGCCUGGGCAGGACGCAGAAGGUGAAGGUGCUGACGGGCACGGGCGACGUCAACGUGACCAUGCUCAGCUACCCGGCUGCCGCCUACGAGUUCCUGCGCGACUUCCGGGCGGGACGCCUGGGCAGGGUGACGCUGGACUGAGACCUGCCCCAGGGGGAGAGGCCACCCGAGCUGGGGAGGAAGGCCAGACUGCUCCCA